AUGGAAGAGCUCGUGAAGCGCACAAAGGAACUUGACUUCAGCGGUGAAAAGGUUGUGUUGUCCCAUCAGAUACUGGAAAGCGUCGCGAAACACUUGUCUGUGGGGAAGCGAUGUCAAAGUAUGUUUAUGCUGGGCAAGAUUGAGCUAGGAAGAAACGGGAGGCUGGGGCUCGCGGUCGAGAUGGAGGACGUGGUUACAGUAAGGAGAAGACUGGAGGACGUCAGACUGUACCUGAGACGUCCCACAACUGACCCAGACCUCUUGCUAUACCAGAUGAGAAAAUAUGGGGCGAUCCUAUCCGGGUCUCGAGCAGCGGAUUACUUUGCACCCGGGGCCUCCUCAGAGAGCUCGGACUGGGACUUCUAUACCGAUACUUGGAACGUGCGUAUAUCAGAGUUUAAGUUGGACUCUCUGAACAUGUAUCCCCUAGUGGACAACGUCAUGUAUACUAUGUGCAGAAAGGUGGGCUUUGCAAACCGAGUGGACUUCCCGUUGAAACGUUUCUGUACGGCUGCCUUCACCUCUUUGUUUAUCCGAGCCCAACCUCAUCGAGAGGAUCCCAAGCCGGACCAGGACGGCUUCCUCGACUCGUGCUACACCCCGUCCUCCAAGUCCAGCGGGAAGGUGCGGACGUUCGCCGUCGGGGUGUCGAUGAGGAUCAAGACCAGGCGCACCAUCGAGGUCGCGUCGAGCAUCCUCGCCGUGCUCAAGAGGCCCAACGGCAUCGCGCCCAAGAACUGGCUCGGACCCUCCGACACGAUGGCGUUCGCCAACAUGCGCUUCCCCAAGCGCGAGUCCGAGCCCGAGCAGUUCUUCGGCUCCAUCGUCCAGUGCAUCCCCUUCGCCGCAUGGACGGCCGAACCCAGGCUCGGGUUGGGGUGGCAGAUGGCGAGGCAGGCCAUGUCCCUGACGCCGGUCAAGGGCGACGCGACGGUCGUGACCACGGGCGAGAGCAGCCCCCUCGUCAUGACCCCGUUCAUGUGCGCGCUCUGGAAGAUGUCCACGGAGUCGGCCCCGAUCGUGUUCCUGGGCAAGCACAUCGUAACCGCGUUCAUGAAAUGGACGCUGAAUAGAGAGGACGCCUGCGUCGUGUCCAAGGAGCUGGCCGAGUCGGGAUGUUCUCCUGGUCCGGGCUGA